AUGCCGCCGCUGCAGGUCAGGGCUCCCCAGAGAGCAAACACACAACACACGCUACACAACGGCCAGGAGAUACAGGUUACACAACGGCCAGGAGAUACAGGCUACACAACGGCCAGGAGAUACAGGCUACACAACAGCCAGGAGAUACAGGCUACACAACGGCCAGGAGAUACACGCUACACAACGGCCAGGAGAUACAGGCUACACAACGGCCAGGAGAUACAGGCUACACAACGGCCAGGAGAUACAGGCUACACAACGGCCAGGAGAUACAGGCUACACAACGGCCAGGAGAUACAGGCUACACAACGGCCAGGAGAUACACGCUACACAACGGCCAGGAGAUACAGGCUACACAACGGCCAGGAGAUACAGGCUACAGUACACAACGGCCAGGAGAUACAGGCUACACAACGGCCAGGAGAUACACGCUACACAACGGCCAGGAGAUACACGCUACACAACGGCCAGGAGAUACACGCUACACAACGGCCAGGAGAUACAGGCUACACAACGGCCAGGAGAUACAGGCUACACAACGGCCAGGAGAUACACGCUACACAACAGCCAGGAGAUACACGCUACACAACGGCCAGGAGAUACACGCUACACAACGGCCAGGAGAUACACGCUACACAACGGCCAGGAGAUACAGGCUACACAACGGCCAGGAGAUACACGCUACACAACGGCCAGGAGAUACACGCUACACAACGGCCAGUAGAUACAGGCUACACAACGGCCAGGAGAUACAGGCUACACAACGGCCAGGAGAUACACGCUACACAACGGCCAGGAGAUACACGCUACACAACGGCCAGGAGAUACAGGCUACACAACGGCCAGGAGAUACAGGCUACACAACGGCCAGGAGAUACACGCUACACAACAGCCAGGAGAUACACGCUACACAACGGCCAGGAGAUACACGCUACACAACGGCCAGGAGAUACAGGCUACACAACGGCCAGGAGAUACACGCUACACAACGGCCAGGAGAUACACGCUACACAACGGCCAGUAGAUACAGGCUACACAACGGCCAGGAGAUACAGGCUACACAACGGCCAGGAGAUACACGCUACACAACGGCCAGGAGAUACACGCUACACAACGGCCAGGAGAUACACGCUACACAACGGCCAGGAGAUACACGCUACACAACGGCCAGGAGAUACAGGCUACACAACGGCCAGGAGAUACACGCUACACAACGGCCAGGAGAUACAGGCUACACAACGGCCAGGAGAUACACGCUACACAACAGCCAGUAGAUACAGGCUACACAACGGCCAGGAGAUACAGGCUACACAACGGCCAGGAGAUACACGCUACACAACGGCCAGGAGAUACACGCUACACAACGCCAGGCCAGGCCAGAUACACGCUACACAACGGCCAGGAGAUACACGCUACACAACGGCCAGGAGAUACACGCUACACAACGGCCAGGAGAUACACGCUACACAACGGCCAGGAGAGAUACAGGCGCUACACAACGGCCAGGAGAUACACGCUACACAACGGCCAGGAGAUACACGCUACACAACGGCCAGGAGAUACACGCUACACAACGGCCAGGAGAUACACGCUACACAACGGCCAGGAGAUACAGGCUACACAACGGCCAGGAGAUACACGCUACACACAACGGCCAGGAGAGAUACAGCUACACAACGGCCAGGAGAUACACGCUACACAACGGCCAGGAGAUACAGGCUACACAACGGCCAGGAGAUACACGCUACACAACGGCCAGGAGAUACAGGCUACACAACGGCCAGGAGAUACACGCUACACAACAGGAAUACAGCUACACAACGGCCAGGAGAUACACGCUACACAACGGCCAGGAGAUACACGCUACACAACGGCCAGGAGAUACACGCUACACAACGGCCAGGAGAUACACGCUACACAACGGCCAGGAGAUACACGCUACACAACGGCCAGGAGAUACACGCUACACAACGGCCAGGAGAUACACGCUACACAACGGCCAGGAGAUACACGCUACACAACGGCCAGGAGAUACAGCUACACAACGGCCAGGAGAUACACGCUACACAACGGCCAGGAGAUACACGCUACACAACGGCCAGAACACAGCUACACAACGGCCAGGAGAUACACGCUACCAAGGCACGCUACACAACGGCCAGGAGAUACACGCUACACAACGGCCAGGAGAUACACGCUACACAACGGCCAGGAGAUACACGCUACACAACGGCCAGGAGAUACACGCUACACAACGGCCAGGAGAUACAGGCUACACAACGGCCAGGAGAUACAGGCUACACAACGGCUAGGAGAUACACGCUACACAACGGCCAGGAGAUACACGCUACACAACGGCCAGGAGAUACACGCUACACAACGGCCAGGAGAUACAGGCUACACAACGGCCAGGAGAUACACGCUACACAACGGCCAGGAGAUACACGCUACACAACGGCCAGGAGAUACAUGGAUUUCAAAGUCCACAGAAAUGACGGAUAUCCACGCCCCCCGUCGCCCGCACGCAUCCCACCGGAGCUGCGAGCGAGUCUGAACAUGGACCCCGAGUAUAGAGCCAUCCCUCAGUGUCCACGUGUGUGCUCAGAGAGUCCAGGACCCGCCGAGAAGCACAAGAUGGAGGAUGGGGCGGUGGGAUCCGGCUCGAGGCACCGGCGCUGA